AUGGCAUCCAGGGCAGUGAAGAGACGAAAGAUCACGCCGCCUCCAGCAGACGGUGAGAAUGAUGGCUCCAAGAAGGCGAGCAGCACCGCCUUCUUCAACAAACACGCCGCCAGCUGGAACCUAGAGCAAGACUAUGAAUCCAGGCCGCGCAAGGGGAAGAAGAAGGAUAAAGAGAGCACCCGCCUGCCCAUCAAGACAGCAGAUGGUCUCAUUCAACAUACCCAAGCGCCGGACGCUGGUGCGGUGAGCGAUGAGGAAUGGCUUGACGAUGGCAGUGAGGCUGGUACUCAGUCUGAAGAUGCUCCUGCUGAGGCUGUCGCCGCCAAAGUCCCAGCGAAACCGCAGGUACCUGAACGUGAGCAAAUAUUACGGGCCAAGGAGGAGCUGGCUAAGCUUGCUGCCGCUCUGAGUGAAGAGCCUGAGGAGAACCCAGGGGCGUUCAAGGCUCUGGCACAGCUCGGACAGACCAACAUAGUGCCCAUCAAGAAACUUUGUCUGGUCACUCAAAUGACCAUUUACAAGGAUGUUAUCCCAGGCUACCGCAUUCGUCCGGCGGAGCAGGACAUGGAGAAGGAGAAGCUUUCCAAGGAGGUCCGAAGGGUUAGGAUGUAUGAGCAAUCGCUUGUCUCUGGGUACCACUCCUACAUCAAAGAACUCGCAGUCCUUGCCAAAGCAAAGGACCCGGGGACAGCAAAGUACGCCAGCAUUGCAAUAACAUGUGCGUGUUCGCUACUCACAUCGGUCCCACACUUUAACUUUCGCACCGACCUGAUCAAGAUCUUGGUCACCAAGCUGAGCAGCAGAAAGGUGGAUGACUCUUACAACAAAUGUCUACGAGCUCUCGAGAGACUAUUCCGGGAUGAUGAAGAGGGCAGACCGGCAAUGGAGGCCGUUGCACUCCUUGCAAAGAUGAUGAAGGCGCGAAACUACCGCGUCGAUGAGUCCGCGCUCAACUUAUUCCUCCACCUACGUCUACUGUCCGAAUUCUCUGGCAAGGCAUCGCAGGAUCAUGUUGAACGACCUAUGGAGGAGGGCAAGAAACCAAAGGCUAAGAGGGAAUUCCGCACGAAACGGGAACGGAAGCUCUUGAAGGAGCAAAAGGCUGUCGAAAAGGAUAUGGCGCAUGCCGAUGCCUUAGUUAGCCAUGAAGAGCGGGAUCGGAUGCAGUCGGAGACUCUGAAACUUGUGUUUGCCACUUACUUCCGAAUCUUGAAGCUCAGACUGCCACAUUUGAUGGGUGCGGUACUCGAAGGGCUAGCCAAGUAUGCACACCUGAUCAACCAAGAUUUCUUUGGAGACCUUUUGGAGGCGCUCAAGGACCUUAUCCAGCAAACAGACGAAGAUGCAAACGAGGAUACCGCUGAGGGCGACGCGGCCACAGAAGACGGCACAGAUGAGGCGGAGGCCCGCAACACCAGCCGCGAGUCCCUUCUUUGUAUAGUCACUGCUUUCGCACUACUCGCGGGACAGGACGCACACAACAGUCGGUCGCAGCUGCACCUGGACCUUUCCUACUUCACGACGCGUCUAUUCAAGGGCUUGACGGAUCUCUCGGUGAACCCAGACCUGGAGCUUGGCGCCGGGUCGCUGCACCUUCCGGACCCCGACAGACCCAGCUCGACAAAGUCAAACAAAGUGAACCUGCAAACCACAACGGUGCUGCUGAUCAGGUGCCUGACUGGCGUCCUGCUGCCACCGUGGAACAUACGAUCCGUGCCCCCCUUGCGCCUAGCGGCAUUCACAAAGCAGCUCAUGACAGCAUCGCUACAGGUGCCGGAGAAGUCCUGUCAAGCCAUCUUGGCCCUGCUGCACGACGUCUCGCACACUCACGGAAAGAAGAUUGCGGCCCUGUGGAGCACCGAAGAGCGCAAGGGUGACGGCAACUUCAACCCCCUCAGCGAAACCGUUGAGGGAAGCAACCCCUUUGCGACCACCGUGUGGGAAGGGGAGCUGUUGAGGAGACAUUACUGUCCCAAGGUGCGGGAGGGUGCGAAACUGUUGGAGAAGAGUCUUGCCAUGUAG